AUGUCGGAACAUCGUGAAAUCCCCAAAUUUACCGUCGAUCUAUCUCUCCCUCCCGAGACCCGCUACGACCAUAUCGUUCCGCACUUCAAGACCGCCGUGGACUCGUGCGAUUUACCCUCCCUGUUCUACGCCCUCCUCGAUGAGCUCGUCGGAAAAUCCGCAGGGAGAAUAUUGGCUGCGAUCUCGCCGCUGCUCAUGCGACACGUUCAUUCAGAUGAGGAAAAUGCAGAAUUGAUCGGUAUCUCGAGAGCGAUCGGCAUUCCCAUGCACAUCCUCGUUGCUUUCAAUGUUCUCUUAGAUCUUUUGCUGGGAUGCACGAGCGGUGGAGUCAGAACUCUUGAUCCAGAUUCUGGUGGGAACGCGACGCGGAUACUUCAUUUUCGGACCCUUGACUGGGAGAUGCAUCCAUUGAGAAACAUCAUUGUCGAACUCGAUUUUGUGCGUACGCCUAGCGGUCCGGCCAUUGCGACGACGGUCGGAUACAACCAGGCCAUGGUUGUUCUUGGGCAGCGGCAGUCCAUCUCGAGCAGUCUAAGAGAGAUUCUACUAGGCGACUCUACGAUGCCGGAGAAACAGUCCGAUGAAGCGCACGAGACGAACGAUAUUAGCGACGAUUUGCAGAACCGAUAUGUACAACAAGUCCUCACAAAACUCUCAACGUCCAAUUCAACCGCCGCAUAUCUCAUCCUCUGCCAGCCAGACCGCGUCUUAGUCAUCGAGAAAGACAAUCACAGCGCAUCAAUCCGCGAAUCCGACACAUUCCUAACCGCCUACAACCACGACGUCAAAGACGAAGACAACCCCGAGCUUCUCCAACAAGCGGCAGCAGAACUCGCAGCCGGCGAAGAUGCAACGGGCAUGGCAGACUUGGUGGCCUAUUCACUUGAACGAAAGCACGAUUUGGAUAAGCUAUGGAAGAAAUGUGUUCGGAAUUGUAGAAGACGGUACAAACUGCGGAAUGAUGUUGUGACGAGGGAGGAUGUGGUGAAGUUUUUGCAGAAUGAUAUGAUUAGGAAUGAGGAGACGCAUUACGCCGUCAUCAUGGAUCCGAAGGAGGGGAAGGUCAUGUGGCGCAGUGCGUAUGAGUAUGUGAGUGAGGGUGAAGACGGGAGUUCGGAGGAGACUUGA